GCACAAACUCAACUGUGCUCGCAAUAUGCCUCGCAUUUAAAAAAGUUCUAAGUCUGCGGUUUAAAGGUUACUUGAAAAUCUACCCAAAGUUUAGAUAUCUUUCCAUUAGAUCACAAUUUUGCUGAUUAACACGCGGCCUUGAUUUCUGUCGGCAUAGGUGCUCCUUCUCCAUCCAGGAAAGAAUAUGUCUUGUACGCUGCCGCCGUUGCAGUUUGCCUACUGCUUGCUUUCGGUGAUUUCGGUCUACGGCAACUUUCUAUCAUCUCACGAAGCUUUGAGAUACUGAUUGGCCUUCCCAUUGGGCGAAGAUAGCGACUACUGGCGAGUGAUGUCAUUGGAUUAAGAUACUUAUCACCAUUGUUGUUUACGGAUUUUGCGAAACUUUACCGUCGAGAAUGCUCUCAGCCGAGCAUAUACUAUUGACAGCCCUAUCUGUCCUCUUGACACCUCUCCUGGUUGUUCUGUCUCUUAUAAUGGUUUUAGCAUCCUUUAAUACGUCCCUCGGGAUCCGCGAAAGAUAUGUGGAAGUUUUAUUGAAAAUAUUUGAUUGGGGCAAACGAAGAAUCCAAAGGAAUGCCGAUGAGCAUGCGGGUAGCACGGAUGAGACCGAUGGGGAAGGCCGCAAAUUGCGGAGCAGCAGCAGCUUCGCUACACUGGUUGACAGGCAAACCCACUCGUCAGCAGCUUAUGAUUCUGCUCUGGAUAUGUUCCAGAUUAAGCGGAAAUCGGGAGACUUUAAUUUAGCGGAUUCCUAUGAGUUUGUCAAAUGGGCCAUGGAGGCCAUUACCGAAGACUCGGUUACCCAGCGGUUCGAAGCGGAGGAAAUUGAAUCGUGGACUUUAACGCGCACCAACAUGAACUACCAUUAUAUCUCACUGCGAUUGACGAUUCUCUGGUGCUUGGGUUUUCUCUUUCGCUAUUUGGUCCUGCUACCCAUCCGCCUGUCCAUCACGCUGAUUGGCGUGGCGUGGUUGAUACUGUGCACGGCCGUCGUUGGAUACCUGCCCAAUGCCAGACUGAAGAAGCGCGUCAAUCAGUGGGUUAAUCUCAUGUGCUUUCGUAUUCUGUCGCGCGGGUUCUCGGCCAUUAUCCGUUUCCAUGAUCGGCAGUAUCGCGCGGUGGAAGGAAGUAUCUGCGUGGCGAACCAUACCACGCCGAUUGAUGUGGUGACGCUGGCCGUGGAUAACUGCUACGCCAUGAUCGGACAGCGACAUGGGGGAUUUUUAGGAAUUAUGCAGCGGGCUCUAUCACGCGCUAGUUCGCAUAUUUGGUUUGAGAGAAGCGAAGCCAAGGAUCGUAGUGCUGUAACGCAGAGACUGAAGCAGCAUGUAGCUACCAAAGAUAACUUGCCAGUUUUGAUUUUCCCGGAAGGCACCUGCAUUAAUAACACAUCGGUGAUGAUGUUCAAGAAGGGCUCCUUCGAAGUGGAUUGCCCCAUCUAUCCGGUGGCCAUAAAGUACGAUCCGCGCUUCGGCGACGCUUUCUGGAAUUCCUCCCAGCAAAGCAUGGUGGAAUAUUUGCUCAUGAUGAUGACCAGCUGGGCCAUUGUCUGUGAUGUAUGGUAUCUGCCGCCGAUGACGCGUGAGGAAGGCGAAGAUGCUGCACACUUUGCCGCUCGCGUAAAGAAUGAGAUUGCAAGGAAAGGUGGACUGGUAGAACUGGAUUGGGAUGGCCAGUUAAAGCGGCAGGAAGUGAAAAAGGAAUGGAAGCAGUUGCAGCAGAAGAUGUAUAGUGAACGAAUUAAAUUUGAGUGAAUCGUCCAAAUAAUCCUAAUGCGUUCCGUGUUUUUGUUAUUUGAUGUCUAAUGCAAACGAAUUUGUUAUAAGAUGGUGUUAGAUUUGGUUUCCUGUUUCUUGGAAUGUUUUAUAAUAUUGAAGAGUUUUAUUGAGCAUGUUACUGAAAGUUAGAUGCCUUUGAAAGUGUGAAUCUUUUGAAGUGUUUUUUCCUGGUGAUGGUUUGGGUAAUCCUGUUGGUGCUCGGCAAGCAUAUUGCCGUUUUUACUCUGUUAGCUAGCAAUAAAGUUUAUACUUUUCUGUA